UCGGCACAUUUUGCUAAACUUGAAAAGUGCAGAAAAUUUUGGAAUCUGUAUUCUUCGAAAAAAACACGAGAUUGUGUAUUUUAGAGAGCUAAAAAGCGCGUUUGAAGAGAACGAAGAAGAAGCGUCAGCAUGCUGUGCUUCUGCUUCUAUCUUUCGGACUGAGAUUAGCGAAUUCACGAGGUGCAAUCACUUGGUAUAGGAGGCCUAUGUUAGAUGGAAGACACCUCUCUCUGCUGUGAACAAUUGCCGGAUGGGGAAUGCAUUGAGGUUCAGAAAGACGAAGAUGGCGCGCUGAUUGAAUUGGAUUGUCAGAAUGGUUUUCCUGAGGGGAGAAAGGAAUUUGUUGCACCUGCUGUUGGAAUGGAGUUUGAGUCAUACGAUGAUGCUUACAAUUAUUAUAUUUGCUAUGCCAAGGAGGUGGGGUUUCGUGUACGGGUGAAGAAUUCGUGGUUCAAGCGGAAUAGCAGAGAGAAGUAUGGUGCAGUGCUUUGCUGUAGCAGCCAGGGUUUCAAGAGAAUAAAGGAUGUGAAUCAUUUGAGGAAGGAGACGAGAACUGGUUGUCCUGCAAUGAUAAGGAUGAGAUUGGUGGAGUCACAGAGAUGGCGGGUGCUUGAAGUUAUGCUUGAACAUAACCACAUGUUGGGUGCUAAGAUACAGAGGUUGGUUAAGAAGAUAGGAACUGGGUUGAAGAGGAAGUCGUUGCCUAGCUCUGAUGCCGAGGGGCAGACGAUUAAGUUAUAUCGUGCACUUGUGAUUGACGCGGGAGGUGAUGGAAUUUCAAACUCCAUUGCUAGAGAAGACAGAAGUUUCUGUGAGUUUUCUAAUAAGAUGAACCUUAGAAAAGGUGACUCACAGGCCAUUUAUAAUUUCCUCUGCCGAAUGCAAUUGACUAAUCCAAAUUUCUUUUACUUGAUGGAUUUCAAUGACGAAGGGCACUUGAGGAAUGCAUUUUGGGUUGAUGCUAGGUCCAGGGCUGCGUGUGGUUAUUUUGCCGAUGUUAUUUAUUUUGACAACAGUUACUUGUCAAACAAAUAUGAAAUCCAGUUGGUGACUUUUGUUGGAAUAAAUCACCAUGGUCAUUCGGUGUUAUUAGGAUGUGGUCUCCUUGCAAGUGAAACAACAGAGUCUUAUAUAUGGUUGUUUAGGACAUGGGUUAAAUGUAUGGCGGGAUGUUCUCCCCAAACUAUUAUUACUGACAGGUGCAAGGCUUUGCAGAGAGCAAUUGUAGAAGUUUUUCCUAGAUGUCGUCAUUGUUUUGGCUUGUCAUUAAUUAUGAAAAAGAUACCAGAAAAAUUGGGAGGUUUGCACAACUAUGAUGCACUCAGGAAAGCACUGAUUAAAGCAGUUUAUGAAACAUUGAAAGUGAUUGAGUUUGAAGCAGCAUGGGGAUUUAUGAUUCAACAUUUUGGAGUUAGUGAUCAUGAGUGGCUUCGUUCUCUGUAUGAAGAUCGAGUUCAUUGGGCUCCAGUAUUUUUGAAGGACACUUUUUUUGCUGGAAUGUCUGCAGCUCGCCCUGGUGAGAACAUUACUCCUUUUUUUGAUAGAUACGUGCACAAACAGACUCCGCUGAAGGAGUUUCUUGAUAAGUAUGAAUUAGCUCUUCACAAGAAGUACAAAGAAGAGUCUUUUGCAGAUAUUCAAUCAAGGAGCUCAAGCCCCUUGCUGAAAACUAGAUGUUCCUUUGAAUUGCAGCUCUCCAGAUUGUACACUAGAGAAAUGUUCAUGAAAUUCCAGUUAGAAGUGGAAGAAGUAUAUUCUUGUUUUGGUACAACACAGUUACAUGUGGAUGGUCCCAUCAUAAUUUUCUUGGUCAAGGAGCGUGUUUUGAUUGAGGGAAACCGACGGGAGAUACGGGAUUUUGAAGUUUUGUACAGUAGGACCGUAGGUGAAGUUCGUUGCAUCUGUAGUUGCUUUAAUUUUUAUGGAUAUCUUUGUCGGCAUGCACUGUGUGUGCUCAAUUUUAAUGGGGUUGAAGAGAUACCUCACAGAUACAUUCUUUCGCGAUGGAAGAAAGAUUACAAGCGUCUUUAUGUUCCUGAUCACAGCUCUGGUACCGCUGAUGAUACUGACCGCAUUCAAUGGUCUAAUCGGUUAUUUAGAAGUGCCUUGCAAGUUGUUGAGGAGGGUAUACUUUCUCUAGAUCAUUACAAUGUAGCGUUACAAUCUUUAGAAGAAUCAUUGAGUAAGGUUCAUGAUGUAGAGCAGAGACAAGAGUGGCUUCCUCCAAGACUGAACUCUCCCGUAAGCUCACUCCCUCAGCUCACCCUUUCUCCGGAGACCCAAGGUCUCUUACUCUCUCCGCAGGCUCACCGCCGCGUCUGUCUAAUUGGCCGCCGCGACCCAGCCUCUGUUCCAGUCCACACCACUGCUUCCUCCUCCGUGGCGUCGCGCACCGCCAGAGCCCGUGUCGGCCCAAGCUCCAAUCAGCUCCUUCUCUUCUCCACCUCUUCGCGUGCGAGAGAGGGACUCUCACCCCUCCGUGCCAUGCCGACACCACCCCCAGGGCAUGCGAAUGGGGCAUCAAUGGUGAUUUUGAGGGAUGAUAGGUGUAGUGGAGGGUUAUGUUUGUUGAGGCUGUUACGGGUGAGCACAGUGUGGAGAAUCCAAACGGAUGAUAGCGACUGGCGGGGGAAAGGAACGAAGGUUGGGAACGGAUCCGGUGGUAUUUGGGGUUUGCCGACGACGCAAGAGGUGGUGGCACGGGUGGCUGGGUCGACGGUGAAAAGAGAAGGAGAGAGACCAGAAGCAACUUGCGGCGGUCUGCUUGGAGGAGGCGGCGACCAGAACUGCUCCGACGGGCGUGAACGACAUCGCCGGCAGUGGUCCUGGUGGUGCUUAGCGUCGCCGGCGGCUGGGACGUGGGUGAUAACAGAAGGAAGAACGCAGUUGGCAGUGAAGAGAAGAGAGCAGAGAAACAGCAUUUCGUUCACUGCCACUCUCUCUUUUCUUCUCUUAUCUUCUCUGUUACUAACUCAUGUAAACUCUCUGGCUAUGACUGACGAUACCAUGUGUUCUCCAAGCGACAAGGACUUGUCGCUGAGUCCUAAUCUUGAUAUCACGAUAGAUGAUGGCUCUCCGAACAGUGAACAACUUCUUGACAUAGUUGAUGAGGGCAACGAGCUUGACAAUGAAUGUGGACAAUUGUUUGAGAUUGAUGGAAAUGGAAGUGAAAAUGGGAGGGAUGAAACCACAGUAGUUGAUAGUCACAGUGGAGAAUCUCAUGGGAAAGACUGCCCCCCACCAGUUGUGGGAAUGGAGUUUGACACCUAUGAUGAUGCCUACAACUAUUACAAUACCUAUGCCAAGGAAAUUGGAUUUGCUACUCGAGUUAAAUCUUCUUGGACGAAACGUAACAGCAAAGAGAAGCGUGGUGCGGUUCUGUGCUGCAACUGUGAGGGUUUCAAAACAACCAAAGAAGCAAAUAGUCACAGGAAAGAAACAAGAACGGGCUGUCUAGCAAUGAUUAGAUUGAGAUUAGUGGAAUCUAACAGGUGGAGAGUCGAUGAAGUCAAGCUUGAGCAUAACCAUUCAUUUGAUCCUGAAAGAGCACAAAACUCUAAAUCACAUAAGAGGAUGGACAGUAGGGCAAAAAGAAAAGUUGAGCCAACUCUAGACGUUGAAGUAAGAACAAUCAAGUUAUAUCGAAUGCCUGUUGCAGAUGCAUCAGGUUAUGGAAGCUCAAAUUCCACUGAAGGUGCAACUAACAACCACAUUAAUUGUUCCAAGCGUUUGAAACUUAAAAAAGGUGAUCCGGAGCUGAUUUCAAAUUACUUCUGCCGCAUUCAAUUGACUAAUCCUAACUUUUUCUAUGUCAUGGAUCUGAAUGAUGAUGGACAACUGAGGAAUGUAUUUUGGAUUGACUCUAGAUCUAGGGCUGCUUAUAGUUAUUUUGGUGAUGUGGUUGCAUUUGACUCAACGUGUUUGUCAAACAAUUAUGAGAUUCCUCUUGUUGCAUUUGUUGGUGUUAAUCACCAUGGCAAAUCUAUUUUGCUAGGAUGUGGUCUGCUUGCAGAUGAGACAUUUGAAACAUAUAUUUGGUUAUUUAGGGCAUGGCUCACAUGUAUGACUGGUCGCCCUCCACAAACUAUGAUCACAAACCAGUGUAAGGCCUUGCAAAGUGCAAUUGCUGAGGUUUUCCCGCGAGCUCACCAUAGAAUUUGUCUAUCGCAAGUCAUGCAGAGCAUUCUUGGGUGUUUUGUGCAGUUUCAGGAGUACGAGGCAUUUCAAAUUGAACUUACUAAAGUCAUAUAUGACUCUAAAACAGUAGACGAGUUUGAAAGGGCUUGGGAUGAUCUAACCCAGCAUUUUGGAAUAAGAAAUCACGAAAAGAUCCUAACCUUGCAUGAGGAACGAGAGCAUUGGGCUCCAGUGUACUCCAAAGACACAUUUUUUGCUGGAAUAUCUGAUUAUGAAAAGGGUGAGUCUGUGGUUCCCUUUUUCAAAGGUCAUGUGCAUCAACAAACUUCUUUGAAAGAAUUUUUUGAGAUUUAUGAAUUAGUUCAGCAGAAAAAACAUAAAACCGAAGUUCUUGAUGAUCUUGAGUCAUGCGAUUUGAGCUCAAUACUGAAGACAAGAUGCUACUACGAGUUGCAAAUCUCUAAAUUGUACACAAAUGCUGUAUUUAGGAAGUUUCAAGAUGAGGUGGUGAUGAUACCCUCUUGUUUCAGCAUCACGCAGACUCAAACUAGUGGCUCUAUGGUGACGUACAUGGUAAAAGAACGAGAAGUGGAAGACCCUGCAACAGAUGCUAGGCAUUUUGAAGUCAUGUAUGAUAAAGCUGGAACAGAAGUGCGCUGCAUUUGUAGUUGCUUUAAUUUCAAGGGCUACCUCUGCAGACAUGCCUUGUAUAUCCUUAAUUACAAUGGUGUGGAGGAAAUUCCAUGUCAAUACAUUUUGUCAAGAUGGAGGAAAGAUUUUAAGCGUUUGUAUGUACCUCAUCUUAGUGCUGAUAAUGUUGAUAUUAGCAACCCAGUUCAGUGUUUUGAUCAUUUGUACAAACGUGCCAUGCGAGUUGUUGAAGAGGGGAUGAUGUCCCAAGAUCAUUAUAUGGUUUCUUGGCAAGCAUUUAAAGAAUCUCUGAAUAAGAUUCGCCUUGUAGCAGACAAGAUUGAAUAAACAAAUCAAAGAAUAAUGCUAAUAAUAUGUUGUGCAUAAUUUAUUAUUCA